UGCCCUCUACCAGUUCCAGGUCCAGUAUGCAUUCUGACCUUUAAACUAAAUUUUAAUCAACAAAAAUUUAAAAAAUCAUGGCGAACUUUGCGCAAAUAUUUCUCAUCGUUUUGGCAACUGGUGUAUCUCUCACAGUUUCCUCCAAAUGUCCCGAAAAUGGAAAUUGGACACUUCUCACGGCGUCAAAGUGUAUUCGCCUACUUCCUUUAGCUUUGCCAGGUGGGCCGGCGGGCAACUUGAAACCGACCGCAUUGCCGGGUGGACCGGGGACUAAACAGAACCCUUUACCAGGUGGACCAGGGGCCAAACUGAACGCUUUGCCAGGAGGGCCGGCAGCUAGUUUGAAACAGACCGCAGAUAUGGCAGUAUCUGCCUGCUCAAACUCUGGGAUGGGACCAAUACUGAAAAAACUCGCUGGUCGCAGGUUAAAUUUAACCGAUUCUUCUACUAAUUCGACCCUUUUGUCGAUCCAAUCUGCCCAAGAGGGCCAAGCUCUGGUUGAUUACUUCAAAGAAUUCAGUAAGAACAGUUCCAAUCAAGCCUUCUUCGGUGGGGCGUGGAUUGACGUGAAAAUGGCUGUUACGUCGGAAUUUAUCAAUUGGGAAAAGGGCUAUCCAACGAGUAACGUUUCCAACAACUGCAUCGUCAUGAACAUUAAUGGGAGCGCGGUUGGGCAGUUGAGAGAUGUUCCGUGCCAGGAGAGAAAUCUCGUCUGGUGUGAGACACCCGCUAAUCAAACACUGGACGAUGUCGUGGCGAAUUUGAAACAAGAAAUUGCAGAGUUGAAGGAAAAGCCAUUCCCGACAGGAUACGUAUACAUGCAACACGCUAAUCAACCCCCACCCUCAAGUCUCUGGCCAAAAAUGAAGUGGGUAGAAGUAACUGACACAAAUUCAACGUCACUUAAUGCCACCUCUACAGAGAAUUCGAAUGGUAAUAUGGUCACCACAACCACAACCACGCCCACAACUUCGGGAUAUCCAGGGACCAAUGUGAACGGGGUACCCACAGCCACAACAGCCACACCCACAACUUCAGGAUCUCGAGGAAUGAAGGUUCGUAAAACGCGCGAUGCUGAGGAUGAAGAUCUUACUCCGGCAUUUGCCAAGGGAAGGAUAUGGAAGGCUACGAGGUAAAUGUAUGGAAAAUCAAGGUUUGGAAAUUUUAUGUAGCAUAAUUUAAGAAGUUUCUGCAAUAAACGGACUUAGCAAUUUUACACGA